AUGGUGGAUCAGCAGUCUAAUAGUAACAGUAAUGUGACCUCGGGUUCACCUGCGAAAAACCAGCUAACCUCAUGGUGGAGGCAAUUUAAGAAUAGUCCCAAGAGUAUAUCGACGGAUUCUAUUAAUAAUCGAGAUUCACAUGUGCACUUUCAGAAUCGAUUUUCCGGAACGAAUCACACUACUAAUAAUAACAGCAACAAAUAUAGUGGUAGGCCCUUCCUGAACAAACCGCAUUCUUCGAAUGCAGUGCCUUCUUCAUCGACUGUGGCUGUAGCGAUUCAGAAUAGCAAAGACUUCAAGUCUUAUCGAGAUUCGUUUCUUAACAGCAGGAAUGAUUUUACGGGUCAGGUUUUCGGUGUUCCCCUUUCCGAUUCGCUCUCCUUGGCGUCGGCCGAGGUGAUAGUGCAGAGUGAAUUGGCCAAUUUUGGGCGUAUACCUAUUGUGGUUGCUAAAUGCGGUGCGUUUUUAAAGCAGAAUGGGCUGUAUACGUCAGGGAUCUUUAGAAUUGCAGGCAACAAUAAGCGUAUCAAAGAACUUGUGUAUAUCUUCUCAACGCCUCCGAACUAUGGAACGAAGUUUACCAAUUGGGACGGAUUCACUGUUCACGACGCAGCCUCUGUGUUGAGGCGAUUCUUGAAUAACUUGACCGAACCGUUGAUACCACUGGAUCAUUACGAGACUUACAGGGAGCCGUUGCGGUCCAGAGUGCGUAUCUUAAAACACAUGACAAGACCAGUCUCAAGCAGCAAUAAUAAUAAUAAUAAUAAUGAUAAUGAUAAUAAUAAUAAUAAUGAUAAUAAUAAUAAUAAUGAUAAUAAUGAUAAUAAUGAUAAUAAUGAUAAUAAUGAUAAUAAUAAUAAUAAUAAUACUAGUAGUAGUAACGGAAAUAAAAAUACCACCACCACCAGCAAAAAGAACAACAACGAUGAUAAUAGUACUGGUAUUAGCAGUGAGCCAAAGAAGGAUGCUGGUGGUGGCGACGAUGUUCCUGCAUGCAUUAUCGGAAACGCACCGGUAGACUUGAACAAUAGCAGUUCGAACGACAAAAGUAAUUCCAACACAGCAAACAAAGACACCGGUAAUCUACGCCUAAACAUCAAUACGGCAAGCAGCAAUGCCGUAAGCGACGCCAUGUCCGAUGACGCAGAUCGCGAAGAUUAUGAAGAACGCAAAAGGAAACAACUCCGACACAAAAAACGGCUCACUAGAGAUAUCAAAGCAGCUAUCAAGGAAUACGAGGUGUUGUUUUCUGAGUUGUCCAAUGACUCGAAACAACUUAUUGUCUACUUGUUGGAUUUACUUUCCCUUUUUGCUCAGCAGUCUGAUGUCAACUUGAUGUCUGCAAGAAACUUGGCAGCUAUUUUCCAACCGUCUAUCCUUUCCCACCCAGACCAUGACAUGGACCCACGAGAGUACGAGUUAUCGAGAUUGGUCAUUGAAUUCUUGAUAGACUACUCCUAUAGGCUAUUACCUCAUUUGUUGAAAAUCACAAAGAAUGAACAGGCCGUCAUACAGAAGCAGCAGCAGCAGCAGCACGAGAAGCUCCAUGAGGAUCGUGAAAAUAAAGCCCUAGAACACAAACCGUCGCCUCCGCUACCGCCAAAGCCAACAGUACUGCAUCAAGUAGAAGGCAGUAAGCAUCAACGUCAUGAUCGUCAUAAUAACAACAGCAACACUUUCGACAAUGCUAAUACGAAUGAUAAUAAUUAUGAAAACAUUAUAUCGGCAGGUGUGAGCGGCAACGGUGGUAAAGACCAAAAGCUGGCAAGUAACGGUGAUACGGUGUUGUCUACGGAAGACGCAUCCAAGGCAUUUAGUAGCAAUUUAAGAUCGCCUCGAAAUAUUCAGCUGGAGCAAGAUCUUCACCAUUUGAAUCUAGAUACAUCCCCUCUUUCAAUUUCAAUUCCGUUGACACCAACGGGGAGCGUGUUGAAAAUGAACGAAUUCGAUUUAUGGUCCACUCCAGAAUACCAGUAUCUAACUGGCCAACACCCCAAACCAAUGCCUCCUCCUCCACCUUACCACCUUCAGUCACACCAGCAACAUUUGCAGCAGUAUUAUCAGCAUCACCAACAAAUGCAGCAAUUCCAAAACCAACCCCAGUCGCAGGUGUUGCAACAUCAGAAACCGGAACCUCCUGCUUUAAAUAUGCAAAGACGCCACAGAUACAGACCCCACUCAAAGUCCCUUUCAUCGGCCAUCAGUCCAUCUGAUAUGAUAGCCGCAAGACGUCAUAGCAAAUCGACUCGGUUCGGUAAGUCUUUGCUUCUGGGUAGCGAUACUGAAGGAAUGUCUGAGUAUGACGAGGAUGAAGAGCAUGGCGGAGAGACUCGUGAAGGUAAGCAGUCUUUAUACAGCAAUGGAUCGGGAUCCGUUCCAAAAUCAACGAUUGCUUACUUAAACGUGCCAUCGCAGACUAGUAAUAUGCAUCAACAACCACAAUUUUCUGUAGGUGCUAGACGAAGCUCCAUAUCAAGAGUCCAACCGCAACAACCACCUGUCUUGAUAUCUUCAGAAGUGGCUGCUAUUCCAAUAGUUGCUAAUAGGAAGCCCCCUGAUCCUCUAGAAGGUAUUAGCUUCCUAGAACCAUCCGAUGACGAUGAAGAUCUAUCAAUUCCGAUGGCGGCUGACCUUCAUCUCGAUGAUGAUGAUGAUGAUGAAGUCUUAUCUGUUAACGAACGAACCUCCAGAUCCAAGAAACGUGAUUCAUGGUUCCAGAGAUUUAGAAGUCGAUCUAGAUCGGCAACUAGAAAGUGA